AUGGGCUGUCUCUGUGCAGUGUACAUGUGACAAAUGCGUCUGUGUGGGGGGGAGCGGCAACAGCACUUCCUCCAGAACCCAUCGUCUUUUUCACUCUUUUCACUGCAUCCGAAUCAAUUCACACUUUUACAACAAUGGCCUGGCGAUGCUCUGGUGUCUCGAAUGCAGACUUGGUCGGUCGUCUCUUUGACGCAAAGAUCAUCCAAACGGACUCCGUCAAGCGAGCGAUGCUCGCUGUCGACCGAGCCAACUUUUCAAAGUUCAAGCCAUACGAGGAUCGACCUCAAACCCUCGGAUACAACUCCACCAUUUCUGCACCUCAUAUGCAUGCCACUGCUCUAGAGGGGUUGGCGCCGUUUUUGUUCCCUGGGGCGAAAGUGCUGGAUGUUGGAAGUGGCAGUGGAUAUUUGACAGUGUGCAUGGCUGAGAUGGUGGGUCCAGAAGGAAAGGCGGUCGGAGUAGAGCAUAUUCCAGAACUAGUCGACCUCGCCAAGCAAAACACGGCAAAAAACCACAAAGAAUAUCUAGAUCAAGGACGUGUUGUCUAUCAUACAGCAGAUGGACGCGUUGGGUUCCCUCAAGAGGCACCAUACGACUGCAUCCAUGUGGGUGCUGCAGCAGAUUCAUUGUAUGAGGAACUGGUCGGGCAGCUGAAGGCACCCGGCAGGAUGUUCAUUCCCGUGGGAGGCCGUGAUGGACAGGCGAUCUACGUGAUCGACAAGGACAAAGACGGCCGCGUUACCGAGAAAAAGACCGUGGAUGUCUGGUAUGUUCCCUUGACGGAUGUCGGGACCCAAUACAGCCGCCGCUGAGUUGAGUUGGAGCUGAGCUUGAGUCGAAGAUCUGAGCGGGCGAAGCAACUUGGCUUUUCUUUUCAAUCGGACUGCUUCUUUUGACAGCAAA